UAUCUCUAAUGCUGCCGAGGCCAUUGGAUGCCAGUCGGCCGAGAGGCUUCCCCGCAAUAACGAGAUGUUCGUCCUCCAUGCCUGCUAUAUAACUCUGGAGAGACCUGCCUCAGUCUCUUCUUCUUGCCCAGCUUCCUGGAAUCUUCCUUAUUCCCUGCUCUCUCGGCCUCCAUUUCACCGAGACUAAUCCGUGCGGAGGAGAAGCGGCCCGCUGCGGAGUACUCUUCUUUCAAUUCCUCUCCCUUUCCCUCUACCCUUACCUCUUCUUCUAUCUCCUAUCUCUUGGUGUCGUCUUCUUUCUCAGUGACUCUUAUCCCUCCUGUCAUCAUGUCUCAACCUAAGCUUACCGGCGCUGAUAUCGCCAAACACAAUUCCAAGGACUCGUGCUGGGUCAUUGUCCACGGGAAAGCGUACGAUGUCACGGACUUCCUGCCAGAACAUCCCGGUGGUCAGAAGAUCAUCCUGAAGUAUGCCGGCAGAGAUGCCACGGAAGAGUUCGAGCCCAUCCACCCCCCGGAUACCCUGGACAAGUACCUCGACAAGUCAAAGCACUUGGGCGAGGUUGACAUGGCCACUGUCGCACACGACGAGAAGGCUGUCGAUCCCGAGGAGACGGCUCGCCAGGAAAGAAUCAAGCUCAUGCCCUCGUUGCAAUCCUGCUACAAUCUGAUGGACUUUGAAUCCGUGGCGCAGCAGGUCAUGAAGAAGACUGCGUGGGCAUACUACUCAAGUGGUGCUGAUGAUGAAAUCGUCUGUCUAUGUCUGGAUUUCCCGUUCCCUUUGCAGCACAUACUGACUUGCCUCUGUUUACAGACCCUGCGAGAAAACCACACUGCCUUCCAUAAGAUCUGGUUCCGGCCGCGAGUCCUAGUCGACGUGGAACAUGUCGACUACUCUACGACCAUGCUGGGAACCAAGGUCGCCGUUCCCUUCUACGUGACGGCCACAGCCCUGGGCAAACUGGGACACCCCGAGGGCGAGGUGGUUCUCACCCGUUCCUCCUACCGUCACAACGUCAUCCAGAUGAUUCCCACGCUCGCCUCGUGCUCCUUUGACGAGAUUGUUGACGCCCGCCAAGGCGAUCAGGUCCAGUGGCUGCAGCUCUACGUCAACAAGAACCGCGAUAUCACCAAGCGCAUUGUGCAACAUGCCGAAGCCCGCGGCUGCAAGGGCCUCUUCAUCACUGUCGACGCCCCGCAAUUAGGUCGUCGAGAGAAAGACAUGCGCUCCAAGUUCUCCGAUGAGGGCUCCAACGUCCAGAAAGAAGAGGGUGAGGAGAACGUCGACCGCUCUCAGGGUGCCGCCCGUGCUAUCUCCUCGUUUAUCGACCCCGCCCUCUCCUGGAAGGAUAUCCCCUGGUUCCAGUCCAUCACGAAGAUGCCCAUCGUCCUGAAGGGUGUGCAGUGCGUCGAAGACGUUUUCCGUGCUAUCGAAGCCGGCGUCCAGGGUGUUGUGCUGUCCAAUCACGGUGGCCGUCAGCUGGAGUUCGCACCAUCGGCCGUCGAGCUUCUGGCCGAGGUUAUGCCUGCGCUGCGCCAGCGCGGCUUGGAGAACAGCAUCGAGGUAUACAUCGACGGUGGCAUCCGCAGAGGCACUGACAUCGUCAAGGCGCUCUGCCUCGGCGCCAAGGGCGUCGGAAUCGGUCGUCCUUUCCUGUACGCCAUGUCGGCGUACGGCCAGGCGGGUGUCGACAAGGCCAUGCAGCUUCUCAAGGAUGAGAUGGAGAUGAACAUGAGACUCAUCGGAGCCACUAAGAUCUCCGAGCUGAGCCCCAGCCUCGUCGAUACCCGCGGUCUUGUUGGUGGUCACCACGCUCCUGUCCCGUCCGACACGCUGGGCAUGAGGGCGUACGAUGCGCUCCAGGCUCCGCGGUUCAACGAAAAGUCGAAGUUGUAGUUAAAGCUGCUCUUUCUGUCUGGUUUAGAUGUCGUGUUUUUGUUAGGGAUAACUAUGUCUUCUAUAUCUAUCUCGUGUCUCCAUGUUUCAUCUGGAGUGGGCCGUGCCUUUUUGUAUAUACAAACAUGCUUUUGAUUUGGGUAUCUCCGUGGUUGGCCAGUAAAUCAGAAUAGGAAUUAUAACCCGAAUUCGAGCUUGUGAAAUCAAAGCUUGAUCCGGUUUUAUACCUCAAAAGUGUCCGCCCAUGAUGUGACCAUACAAUCUGUGACGAACAAGACAAACUACAAAACAACCACCUGCGGCGGAUUCCGCAACUGCCCAGUAUUCCGAUAGGUACAAGCCGCAUUAACCAUCCAUCCACCACGACUCUCCCCCCGCCAAACCCUCGCCCAGACAACACCCAACACACCGUAGAAAAUAACCUUGAUUGCAUCAACCCAUCCGGCCAGAUCGAGCAAAUCCCGUAGGAACCCCAGCAGCGCCCAACGAGUAGGAAGCUUAGCCCUCUCCCUCCGCGAGGCAGAAAGACAUUCCCAGGCGCGCUGUGCCUCGUCCCAGAAGACAGGCUCAGAGCCGUAGGCGGCAUGCACAUGUCCCAUGACGUGGAGGGCAGGACGCACGCGCCAGAUCUCAGAAAGCAGGUACGGACACCCCGUUGAGUAGACAGGGGAGAGGUCGAGAUGGUUCUCGGGCGGGGUAUGGGUGACGAGGAUAUCUGUGUGGGAGGGAAUGGUGCCGGUCCAUCUGUCUCGGUCGGGGGGGUAUGUGAAGGCAUGCUCGGGGCCGAAGGGAACGAUUGCUGGGAUUUGAGGGGCGCCGUAGACCGUGAGGGUCCUGACAUUUGUAUUUGCACCUGUCUCUAGAGUGAAGUUGGCUUCCUUCGUUGGUGUUGCAGGAAAUGACAACUUCACCGACGAAUGCUGCAGGUAAUGUAUAUCCCCCCAGUCUAUAGAUUUAUGCCUAUCCUCGUCGCUUCUGGAGCGUGGAUCGAAGUAGCCAUCGUGGUUCCCGCUGACGACAACCUUGUGGAGAUGCGGGAGGGACUUGAGCCAGUUGACGGCAGCCUGGAUCUCGUGGACACUGCCGUCAUUGCUGAGGUCGCCGGCGUGGAUGAGGAGGUCCCCGUCUGGGAUGGGGGCCCAUUGGUGCGUGUGAGUGUCUGAGAUGCAGACGACGCGGAUGGAUGGGGAGGAUGAGGUUGGGCGUUGCGGGGAGCCUCGCAGGCGGAGGAGGAGAUGAUGCAGUGGGUAGAGAAGCGCGGCCAGCGGGGAGGAGAUGAGGUAGUCGCGGAAUGGGCGGGGGUCGAAGGGGUCCAUGUUGGUGUUCUACAUGGAUUUAUGGAGGGUAUUUAUUAUAUUGGGGUGAAAGAAUGAAUGUUGGUGAGGGUAGAGAGAGAGGAGUGUACAGUGGAGAGAGCACUGUACAGCGAGUGCUGUGUUACAGCCAUUUUAUUUGCGGAUGGGAUUCCUCUUUCCUG